GCGGCAGCAUCGGCGUAGUAAACAUCAAUCAACGCGUGGCGGCUUUCCGCAAGCGCUUGAAACCAAGCUUGUAAAACUUUCGCGUGUAUCUUGCCGGUUUUCGAACAUGAAGAUCACGGCUGCCGAACUCGUUACGAACACCGUCGACCUCGAUCCAAAUCGCAAGCUUUCCGUGAAAGGAACCACCAGGGUUGUCAAGUUUUGCCACUGCAGGUGGAACGCUUCUCUUCUGGCUGUCGGUACCGCGUCGUCCGUGACUGUUUUCGACGUCAAGUUGCCGGAUCCGAAGGCUGAAUUCAGCGAGCUGAAACAAGUGGAAGUGACCAUCAAGCGCGAGUUCAAGCACGAUGCCCCCCUCCAGGACAUUUCUUGGAGCCCCAACAUGUCUCUCGUGUUGGAUCCAAAAUGGAUCAGGUUUGCGACUGCGAGCUUGGACAACGAGGUGCGGAUCUUCUACUCGAACCUGGAAACAGAUGACGUCCAAGUUCUGUCUGGCCACCAAGGUGCUGUGAAUGCUGUGGCCUUUGAGCCGCAGUCGGGCGAGGCACUGGCCAGUGUCGGAGACGACAACAGCUGCCGCAUCUGGGGUCUGGACGGCACACAGCAGGCGCGCAUUGCCCUACGGUCGGCUGGCACCGCAGUUGUCUGGCAUCAUAAUGAGCUUGGAAAGCUGCUAGUGGGCGAGAAGCGCGGCACUCUGCGGCUGUACAAUGCGAUGACGGGGCAGCCGCUCAUGUCCAUGGAGGCGGGACAACCAGGCAUCCUCCUGGCGGCCGACUGGGGCAUAUGCAACAACCAUCUCUUGAUUGCAUCCAUCGGCAACCACUGCUACCUGUGGGAGACGUCGAGAUCAAG